CUCUGGGUGUCUGGUGUACCUACGAAGCUCUCUUGCCUCUAAGAAAAUUUUCGAAAACUAUAACAGAAUAUAGUCUUCUCAUAUUUAAACGAUUUCGGAAAUUCUUUUUUCAUCAUAUUAACGAUAUUUCAAUAAUAAAUAUUGAAACUCAGCAAUAUUCAAGAGACCCUUAUUACAAUACUUCUUUGGAGACUAUGAAAUUCAGAAUGAGUAAUUCGGUUACAAUAUUGUCAGGGACUGCUGCUGCUGCUGCGUAA